GGCGGUGCCUGUGAGUAUUCACUCUGAGAGAGUGAGUGUAUCACGUCGGGAGCAGAGAGAAAGCGAGAGAGAGAGAGAGAGAGAGACCCACCCAACUCAACAGCAGGAUGGCUCCUAGAGAUGGAGAGGCAGCUGCGGACUGGCUACUGACUGUCAACAUCUGGAUGUUGUGUGUUCUCAGUUCAGCAGCUGGAUACAUCGAGGCUCUGGCAUCCAAUGGCGAUUCAACAUUGGGACUGGCGGAACCACAAGUGGCCAUGUUCUGUGGGAAACUAAAUAUGUUCAUGGAUAUCGAGACUGGGAAAUGGGAACCGGAUCCAUCUGGAACACAGGGCUGCCUGGGGACCAAGGAUGAAAUCCUGACCUACUGUGCGAAGGUUUACCCUGACCUGCAGAUUACUGGAGUGAUGGAAUCCAGUCAGCCUGUGAGAAUUGAGAAUUGGUGCAAGAAAGGGAAGAGAAGAUGUAGCGGACAUGUUCAUAUUGUUGUUCCAUUCCGCUGUCUUGUCGGGGAGUUUGUGAGUGAGGCAUUACUAGUUCCGGACCGCUGCAAGUUUCUUCACCGGGAGAAGAUGGAUUUGUGUGAAAGUCACAUUUACUGGCACAGUGUUGCUAAAGAGGCUUGCACAGCUGAGACCCUGGACCUGCACAGUUAUGGGAUGUUACUGCCAUGCGGUCUGGACAGAUUCAGGGGCGUGGAGUACGUCUGCUGCCCCUCACGGUUCCCGGGUGUGAGGUUGGAGGAUGUAGUGGCACCAGCGACAGAGGAAGAGGCGGAGGACGAGAGAGAAGACGACAGCAAGUCUGUGGACAGUGCGUGGGAGCAGGAUUCCAGUCCGAUGUCGGUAAUGGAGGAGGAGAGAGGUGCGGAUUAUCAGAUGUACAAGGAUCGUUGGGAUGAUUACAGGGACAUGGGAUACAUGGAGCCCGAUUUCUACGAUGAGGCUGUCACUGAGACCACCACCACCACCACCACCACAACCGAGGGGGUCUCCGAGGAGGUCAGGGUGUCCCCUCCGGCCCGGCCCACUGAUGGGGUGGACGUGUACUUCGAGAAUCCUGCCGAUGGGAAUGAACAUGCUCACUUCAUCCGGGCGAAGAUGGAUCUGGAGGAGCGGAGAAUGAAUCGAAUCAAUGAGGUGAUGAGGGAAUGGGCAGCUGCUGAGCAUCGAGCAAAGAACGCUCCCAACACAGACAGGAUGGCAUUGAAUAAGUUCCGUCGCUGGUUCAUCCCCCAGCGUCUCGAUUUGCAGGUUAAGUCUUCACAGUGA